CCCAUUGGAAACGCCAUCCGAUCCCGAUGCACACACCGCAGCGCGAGAUGAUCGCAUUACGAGUUUUUUUAUUCACACUGGCGGCGGCGGUCACGGCGAGACCCUCGUUCGAAGGCCACGGUCUCCUGGACGAGCCGAAGCUCAUCUCGCAGUCAAUACAUCUGCACGAGGUACCGACCAAGAUCAUCAAGGUCACCAAGACGGUAGCUAUCAAGGUCCCCGUGCCGUAUCCCGUUAAGGUGCCCCAUCACAUUCCAUUUCCGGUGCCAGUGAAACAUCCCGUGGCGAUCCCGGUGCCGCAGAUAGUGAAAGUGCCGCAGCACGUGCCGGUGCCGGUGGAGAAGCCGGUCCCGGUGGAGCUGCACCAGCAGAUACCGCUGGUGGUGUCGAAGCCGGUGCCGAUACUGCAUCCGGUGCCGGUGCCGCAUCCGGUCACGCUCACCAAGCCGAUCUUCAUCCCGGUGCCGAAGACGAUCCCGAUCCCGCACUCGGCCCACGACGACGUCGGGGGAGACGACGGGGGAGACGAUCACGUCGGCCACGAGACCAACUACGGCAACUAUGCCGUGAACGUCCAGUCCCACGGAGCGGUGUACGAUCAGCGAAACGGCGAUCAGGCGCACUUUCAACCCUCCCAGCCCGACUACUCGGAUCAUUAACUUUCGAAAUGUGACGGACUGACGGCUCGGCAGGUAUCGGCGACGAGGGUGCGGCGGGCCCGAAAGGAGCGGUCAGUCAUCGGCGAGGAUGCACGGCACGGGUGAUCGCCUCGAAAGCGGCUCGAGCUAAACGUCAAAAUGCGAGGCAAGUACUCGGCGAGAGCGACGGCUUGUCUUGGAAACUUGACUCGCGCCGCUUUCAUGAUCGAUCGCUCGCCAAGUGCCGUCGUCUCGCGAGCUGGAAUCGGAUAGUUCGGCCAGCAGCGAUCUUGGCCACGUUUUGGAUGAGAAAGAGAGAGAGAGAGAGAGAGAGAGAGAGAGAGAGAGAGAGAGAGAGAGAGAGAGAGAGCGAGAGA